AUGUUUAGGCUGCCAUCGCCAGCAGUGGACGCUUUGCCAGCUCAAAAAACCUAUGAGCAAUUUUUUUUUGUGCAAAAAUAUGCCUUUGCCACAGUCGGAAUUGAUCCUACAUCUCUAAAGCGUACCAUAUGUAGACCUUUAUUCCUUGCAUUGCCUUUAGUUGCUAUAAUGACAGUCUUGGGACCAGCAUUUCUAUACGCUGGCACUUGUGCCGUGGAUUUAAAUGAGGUUGCCAAAAUCUUAACCCCUAUUUUACAAUGCAUAUUGGCUAUUGUAAAAAUUACUUUGUUCGUCGCGCAAAGAAAGGAAAUUGUACAGUUAGUGCGGAAGGUAUGGUAUUGGAACCUAGAAGCUAACAUCGAAGAGUUGAAAAUUCUUUCCGAAGAAAAUCGCUAUGAUCAGAGGAUUACUGGAUUUUAUUACUGUUCAGUCAUUGUAUCCGGAACAAUGGCAACUUUGUUACCAUUUAUUAUAGCUGGAUUUUUUGCCUGGAAAGGUCAAAAAAAAACUGACGGUGCAGCCGAAUCGAAGAAGAAGGCAGCAAAUGAAAAAGAAGGUUCCCCAACUGCUGGCGAUGAAAAAAAAUCAAAUGAUAUUAAAAAAGAUAAAGAUAGCGAUGCUGACAAGAACGGCAAUGCGGAAAAAAAGGUAUCAGUGGAUAAGGAGGAAAAGGAUGAGAAGGAUGAGAAGGACGAGAAGGACGAGAAGGAUGACGAAGUUGAAGAAGCAGCUGAGGAUGAUGAAAACGUUGUCGCACUAGCUGAAAUCGAUAAAAUUAAUGAGAAUAUUAACAAAACCAGAGUAGAUGGUCUCCAGAAUCUCCAUGCGAUUUGUUUUGGUUCCCAAGGAAAAAAUAAUGUGGUAAAGAAAAAUUUGCGCUCAUUUGCCGGGUUUGAAUUCGAAAAAGAUUCUGCCGAAUAUAAAAAGAAAUUCGAUUCGAUUAAAAAACUAGAAAUGAAAGCCUUAAAAAGUAUUUGUGAAAUCUUAUCACUGGAACGCAAAGGAGCAAGAGAUGAAAUUGCAAACCGCGUUUUAAAAUUUCUCAUGGAGCCUGAUGAAUCUUUAUGUGUAGAAGCACCCGCUGAGGAAGAGGAAAUUGAAGAGGAUGACGAUGGAAUGGAAGAAGAUGAACCCGAACCAAGUGAAGAUGAAAAACGCAAAAGCAAAUCAGGUGGAAGGUCUGGUGGUGGUAGUGCACGUUCUACAUCCGGACGUCCACGUAGGGCCACUGUAGGUAAAAAAACAUCUGCAUAUGUGGACUUCUCUAGUUCAGAGGAAGAAACUGCUCGUAAAGUAAUACCUACCAAACGUAGACGAAACGACGAUUCUGAAUCUGGUUCCGAUGUGAGUAUUUUAUUCCAAUUAUAUACCUUCAGAUAA